AUGGACCCCUCGACUUUCGUGGAGCAUCGCUGCUUCCUGCUUUGCGAAAUUUUUGAACUCAUCCUCGACUGGCUCCCGCUGCCCCAGAGGGAGCGCACUCUCGCGUCGCUUGCGGCGACGUGCAAAGCGCUGAACCAGGCAUCCACACCCGCACUAUGGCACUCUCUCGACAGCCUCAGACCGCUCUUGAAGCUGCUUCCGUCCAAUUCAUGGAACAAAGUCCGUGACGAGUCUGGUCGCUUUCCCUUCCUUAGACUAGUUGAUUGCGACGAGCCUGUCGACCGUUGGACGCGGUUCAACUACUACGCCCGCUAUGUGCGGCGUCUCAACUGGGACCACCCAUCGGACAUGUAUGCCUACCCCCUGCAUGAGCUGCUCGAUCAUCAUCCGCCUGCCAACCCGCUCCUGCCGCAACUCCGCACCCUCGUUUUCCACGACAGCUAUCCCUACUUCACCUUGGUCCGUUUCUUCCUUACGCCAACUCUCGAGCGCCUCAAGAUUAAAGCGCACACUAUCUAUGAGCCUGACGUUGUAUCGCUCAUGAACGAAGUGGUUGCCAACCACAAGAACCUCCGAUACCUUUCCCUUGAUUUGUGCCGCGAUGACGGUAGUGUUUUGAGGGGGGGCUUCGUCUUCAGCAAGCGCCUGGCAGCCCCCACGGACGCAGAGGCUAGCGCCCUUAUGUCACUCUUCCGCGCGUUGCCGGAUCUCCAGGUGUACCACGGCCUUCUCAACAUGUCCGCCGCUCGCACAGAAGCACUCGCCGCGCUCCCCAGGCUCGCGACGGUACACAUUGACAUCAAACGGGCCGAGAUCAAAACGGUGGCCGCGGCCGCUCGCCUCCGAGUCCGCGACCCGUAUGCUGGUCUGUGGUUCGCCUCGCUCACGUCGCUGUCCCUCUCCCUUGACCGGCUAGACAAGGACACGGAGACUUUCCUUGGCGCCAUACAGAGCCCCGGCCUGCAGAAGCUGAUGAUCGACUUCGAGGAGCAGCCCGACACCGGCAUGGUCCAGAAACACUGCGCCGCCAUCGCGCGCGCGCCGUACCGCGACUCGUUCACCACCCUCGAACUCGUCUGCGAGUGUUACAAGGACAAGGACGAGAGGCGUGACCGGCUGAUUGUCGGAGAAGCACUCCGGCCGCUCUACGCCCUCCCUGGCAUCCGCACCGUCAUCGUCCGCAGGUUCGUGCUCUUCGCUGGCUCGGACACACUCCGCGACAUCGCGCAGGCAUGGCCGCGGCUCGAGAUCCUCUCGCUCGCUUGCGUUGACAUGUGGGAAGAGCGCCGCCCCGACGACCCGCGCAUCGUGGUGGCCGACUUGGUGCCGUUCGUGCUUGCGUGCCCACGGCUGCGCGGGCUGGACAUCGAGCUCCACGCGGUGGAGGUGCCCGACGCGGCGGCGCUCGCGCAGCUGCUGCCUGGCUCGUCGCAGAGCGCGCUCGAGUUUCUCGCGGUGAACUACGGGCCGAUCGUGGAUGCGCAGCGGGUUGCGGACUUCCUGCUGCACGUGUUCCCGGCGCUGAGGCUUUUGUGGCAUACUGGGGUGAAUGGAGUCAGGCCGUACUGCGAGGAGCCGUAUACCUACCAGCGCGAGUGGGAGGAGGUGCGGAAGCUCGUCGAGCCUCCGCCCAGGGAGGGGUCCGAGUCCUGGACGCCCACAGACAGGCGCGAUAUGCCUCUGGGGCCGUUCGUAGUCGAUGAGCCGCUCUUGAAUCGUGUUAUGUGGAAGUGA